AUGGCAGAGGCCACGCAAACAUUAGGACAGAGCGGGCCGAGGGGGGGUCGGGGGUUGGCUGGCCAGAAGGCGAGUGACAACGCACUGGUGGAGGCCCAAGAGCACACGACGGCUCAAGGGCUCAAGGGCUCCAGGGCAGCGCGGUGGCCCUAUGACGGCAUGGCACGAAAGGAGAAGGCAUCUAGAAAGACGGGCGUGGCGGGCUGGGAGCCGUGGCAGAUGGUCGUCGUCCAUGACACGGGCGCGGUGGAGACCGGGCGGCGAUUGGCUGUUUCACCCCCAGAGAGUGGGGGCGCCGGCUCUGUCUUGUUGCAUCCCCUUUCGCAUCCACCGCACAAGACUCAUCCCAGAGAAGCAAUGUGCAAUUGCUUCACUUCGCCCGACAUGUGCUCCAGACUUGCGCCGAAAAGGGCCACGUACUCGCUGGGUGCCCGUCUGGCCCGUCCGUUGCCCCGUGAAUGCAUCAUCGAGCCCAUGGCAUGGCCAAGCGUAGACGUCAGUCCAUGGUGA